AUGCAGAGCUCAUCCACAGUAUCUGUGUCGGCGGCUACGCCAACGCAGCAUCCUUUCCAGAGGAAGAUUGAUGACAUCAAGCCGUCUAAGACGGAUAUCAACUUCGUCAUCAUGGACUACCUGGUUAGCGAAGGCUAUCCUAGAGCUGCUGAAAAGUUUGCCAAGGAAGCCAACAUCCAGCUGCCUCUUGAGGAGGAGUCCAUUCAGUCCCGCGUAGAAAUACGUCGGUCUAUCCAUGCUGGCGAUAUUGAUAAUGCCAUUACCAAGAUCAAUGAUCUGAACCCUCAGAUCUUAGAUACAGACCCAUCUUUGCACUUUGCACUGCUGCGACUGCAGCUCAUUGAGCUCAUUCGCGCAUGCACGUCGUCUUCCACCUCCGAUAUCACACCCGCGCUUAAUUUCGCUUCGUCUCAGCUCGCUCCCCGCGCAGCUACGAACAAUGAUUUCUUGAAAGACCUUGAACUUACCAUGUCGUUACUCAUCUUCCUUCCUGCCGCCCCCGGGACACUACAGAAGGAGUUGAAUGAGCUACUUGAACCUUCGCUUCGUCGCAAUGUUGCCAGCAAGGUCAAUGAGGCGAUACUCACCAGCAUGGGAGCUCAUGGAGAAUCCCGCAUGAGGAGCCUGGUGCGUUUACGGCAGUGGGCAGAGACUAAGGCUCGAGCUGCUCAAAAGGAUAUCCCUCCCGCGUUACCUCUUGGCUUGCAGGACGCCGAUGAGCGUUCGGCUAAUGGGAAUGGCGAGGCUGCCGACGUCAUGGUGCAGUAG